UCGUCGUUUGUGCUGCUGGCAGAACGAACGUCUCUGAACUACCGGAUCAACAUGGAGAGAAAAGUUCUAGCACUUCAAGCAAGGAAGAAGAGGGCGAAAGCAAAGAAGUCGAGCAAGAAACAGCCAGCCCACCCCAGGGGGGCAGCACCACAGCAGCAGCCCCAGCCAGAGGCUUCUCCCCAGGAGCCAGAUGAGCCUGAGGAGAUCCUAGGAUCUGAUGAUGAGGAGCAGGAGGACCCCAAUGACUACUGCAAGGGUGGCUACCACCAUGUAAAGAUAGGAGACCUGUUCAAUGGGAGGUACCAUGUGAUCAGGAAGCUGGGCUGGGGACACUUCUCCACUGUGUGGCUGGCCUGGGACAUCCAGGUGAAGAGGUUUGUGGCUAUGAAAGUGGUGAAGAGUGCAGAGCAUUACACAGAGACGGCUGUAGAUGAGAUCAAACUGCUCAGUUCUGUGAGGAACACGGACCCUGACGAUCCCAAGAGGGAGAUGGUGGUUCAGCUACUGGAUGAGUUCAAGAUCUCCGGCAUCAACGGGACUCAUGUGUGCAUGGUGUUUGAGGUGCUGGGGCACCACCUACUGAAGUGGAUCAUCAAGUCCAACUACCAGGGCCUUCCUCUGCCCUGCGUCAAGACCAUCAUACGACAGGUUCUCCAGGGGUUGGACUACCUUCACACCAAGUGUGAGAUCAUCCACACUGACAUCAAGCCAGAGAACAUCCUGUUGACGGUGAAUGAGCCAUACGUGAGGAGGUUGGCCGCCGAGGCUACGGAGUGGCAGAAAGCAGGGGCUCCCCCACCCUCAGGGUCCGCAGUCAGCACAGCUCCAGCUCCAAAAGCAACGACCAAAAUGUCCAAGAACAAGAAGAAGAAAUUAAAGAAGAAGCAGAAGCGUCAGGCGGAGCUGUUGGAGAAGUGCAUUCUGGAUCUGGAAGAGAUGGAGAAGGCUCCGGAGAGGGAGGAGGAGGAUGAUGAUGAAGAGGAUCCGGAGUCUCCCGUAUCUCCCAAGCAGCAGCGGCCAUAUUGUGCUCCUCUCAGACAGGUCUCCUUACAGGAAGUAGCCAGCCAAGACACAGCAGGAUGCAUUGCGGGUGCAGAGGUGACGCGGUUAGGACCAGAAGGGAUAAUAACAGACGCAGAAGUGAACUGUAACGGCCUUCAUCCUGAGGAAGAGGACGAUAAAACGGAGGAGAGGAAGGCACAGUGGAGAGAGCAAGACCAACACAACGGUAACGUAGACCAAACAGAGGAUUGUCCUCUUCUUCAGGAGUCUCCACCACCUCAACCCGUGUAUAACGGCCUGGUGGCCCCGGAUACCCCAGAGAGUGAGGAGGGGAGUGGAGCUCUGACCUGGAAGGUGGCUGAAAUAAAGACUAAAGCAUCCGAGUCUGAGACGAAAAGCUUUGAUGGCCAGGAGGAGCUAUCGCCAGAGGAGCAGAAGAAUCAGGAAAGGAGUCAAGUAGAAGUGACAGAGGAGGCGCAGGGCAGGAGUUGGAAGGAGCAGAACAGGAGUCGUGGGGAGGAGGAGGUGCUGGAGAACGCCCAGUUUGGAGAACAGGAGAGUCUGAAGGAUGCCAAACUAGCAGCGGGGAACCUCCUGGUGAACCCCCUGGACCCACUCAACGCAGACAGACUGAAGGUCAAGAUAGCGGACCUGGGAAACGCCUGCUGGCUGCACAAGCACUUUACGGAAGACAUCCAGACGAGACAGUACCGUUCUCUAGAGGUGCUCAUAGGGUCUGGCUACAACACACCAGCUGACAUAUGGAGUACAGCCUGCAUGGCGUUUGAGCUGGCCACUGGGGACUACUUGUUUGAGCCCCAUUCCGGGGAAGAUUACUCCAGGGACGAAGACCACAUUGCAUUGAUCAUUGAGCUGCUGGGGCAAGUCCCACACAAACUCGUAACAGCUGGGAGAUAUUCCAAGGAUUUCUUCACCAAGAAAGGGGACCUGAAGCACAUCACCAAGCUGAAGCCCUGGGGGUUACUAGAGGUGCUGCAGGAUAAGUACGAGUGGUCCAAAGAGGAGGCUGAUUGUUUCGCUGACUUCCUCCUCCCCAUGCUGGAGCUGGUACCAGAGAAGAGGGCCACGGCUGCAGAGUGCCUGCGCCAUCCCUGGAUCGCCCCCCAGUGACGGCCCCCAGUACUGCAAUACAAAACACCUAGGGCCUCUUCAGUAGGCAAACGUUUUUGAAUGUUGCAGCUAAUUUGAAUGACGAGCUGACUUAUCUCAUUUUUUUACUUGUCAUUGAGGCAUGUUUGUUCUCCGUUACGUUCGUUCCAUAACGUUUUGCCCUGCUGAAUGCGGCCCGGUUUGCCCCUGAUAACCUUCCAACCACUGCAAUGUAAAACCCCGGGGCUAUGUUCAGGAGUAUGUAACGUUACUGAACGUUCAGAUAAAAAUGUAUGGUGUCGAACACAUGAUCAUCUGUCAGAGUAGGGAAUCGUGUCUGCUCUUUUCAUUACAUUUCUAUCUGCAAUAUUCCAUUUUGUCAUUUUAGUCAUUUAGCAGACAUUCUUAUCCAGUGUGUCUGCUGCUAGACCAGUGUUUCCCAACUCCGGUCCUCCAGUUCCCCCAACAGCCCAACUCCGGUCCUCCAGUACCCCCAACAGCAGCCUUUUGUUGUAGACCUGGACAAACCUACCUGAUGCAGCUCAUUGAGGACCUGAUGAAUAGUUGAAUCAGGUGUGCUUAUCUGAGAAUGUGUACUCUGGUGGAGUUAGGAAAUACUGUGCGAAAUGACUCCAAAUGUGAAAGUAGCGUUUCACGUCCCUGAAUUACAACCCUAGAUGUAUACCCUCUAGUGGAGGCAUCUGGCCACUGGGAUGCAAAUUAAACCUCUUACAAGAGACUUGUUGCAACAGAUCACUUUCCAAUUGGAUCAUCUGAGAUGGCUAUUUAUUUUUGGUUUGUAUUCUUACAUUUUGUUAUUAUUAUCAUCAUCCUAUAUUUGUUUCUCUUUUUUUUUGUUGUACUGAUGUUUAAGAAGCCAGUAGACAACAUUGACCAUAAACCAAUCAUUUUGGUGGUCCAGAAUUCUGUGCUCUGUACACUUCUCACCCAUAUACACUAUAUAUAAAAAGUAUGUGGACACCCCUUCAAAAUUAGUGGAUUCGGCUAUUUCAGCCACACCCGAUGCUGACAGGUAUAUAAAAUCAAA